GCGCGAAUAAACAAACCAUAUUUUUUUGUCGAACUCAAAACUCAUUCACCGAGAUCUGCAACUCCCAUCCCCAUCUCGCAUUUCUCGGCGUCGAUCGCUGUCGCCAACGUCAAAUCUUCCAUCACGCACGCAAAGCGACCAGCCUGCGCACAGAGCAUGGGCAACAAACAAGGGAAGUUGAAACGCCGCAGCGGAGAUGACCGACCCAGCACCACGGGAUCCGCCGCCGCCAGCGAACGGAAACGAUCGCUUUGGUCCAACAAGGCCAUGUCGUCAUCGUCGCUGCCAGCCCCACCCCCGCACCCUUCCGUUAGCUCAAAUGCGCCACCGGCGGCGGUGGGCGGCCCAAAGUCCCUGCAGCAUGAGCCCCAUCCCGAGUACCAGCCGCAGAAGCCAUCUUCGUCGCCAGCCUCGGAGACGCGCGACCUCGUCAACCACACCCACUUUAGCGCCAAGGAAAUCGAGUCGAUCCGCGAAAACGUGUUUUCGCUCUUGGGGUAUACACUCAGUCAGACGAGCUAUGCCGAGAUCUCCAUUUCGAAAGACGACUUUAUGAAGUUCCUCGGCGUGCCGCCGCAGUCGCUGUUCCCGAACCGCCUCUUUGCCAUCUUUGCGACCGACUCCAAGAACGACACGCUAACGUUUCCCGGUCUCGUCCGCGGCCUGUCCAUCUUGAGCCAAAAGGCCACACACGACGAAAAGCUUCGCAUGGCGUUCCAGCUCCUCGAUCCCACCGACUCGGGGUACAUCACCCACGACGCCACCGUGCGCGUCCUCAAGUCUUGCUUGGACGAGUCCAAAGAAAUCGGGCUCACGGACGACCAGAUCGACAAGCUGGUUGCAUCGACCUUCUUGGACGCGGACUUGAACCGUGACGGCGUGAUUGACUUUGCCGAAUACCAGGCGCUGGACGCGCGACACCCUGGCCUGCUCGAGUUCCUUACCGUCGACUCGUCUGGCAUCCUGAGCAGCCUUGACAAGCAAAAGUUCAUGUCGCAAUAACAUAGCAAAUCGUCGAUGUCUCCAACAUAUCUCGUGUUUCUGCCGCUACUCGUUAGUCAUCUCACAGCUACCACACCAUCGAUACUGGCAACGCCAGUGGAAUGGGCAUAUGGCCAGA